AUGACUACGAUGACCAAGGAGCAGCUGGUACUUAAUAAUGGUCUGCGUUUAUUAUUCAGCACACUGGAGUUUGUUUUAGCGAAUCACAUUGUCACAUUUGCUUCCCUAUUGUUUGCUUCCCGCACUUUGGUUGAGGCCAUGGAUCAUCUCAAAAGAAUAAGAGAUCAAAUAAAUAAGAAACUCCAGGAGAAGAAUGCUGUGACUGACGUCCUUAAUAAGGUCCAAGAUAAGACUGGUGUAAAUAAGGAGUAUAUUGUUUACGGUUUCUGCGCAAUAAUCGUCCUUUACUUAAUGAUCGGAUGGGGCGCCACGUUCCUAGCCAAUUUCAUCGGUUUCGUCUAUCCUGCAUACUGCUCAAUCAAAGCCAUCGAAUCAAUGGAGAAGGAUGACGACACAAAAUGGCUUACAUACUGGGUUGUGUACGCGGCCUUCGCACUGGUUGAAACGUUCACGGACAUUUUUCUUUUUUGGAUACCACUCUACGCUUUCCAGAAGUGCGUGUUUCUGGUUUUCUUAAUGAUUCCUGGCAAAUACAAUGGCUCCAUCCUGUUGUACAACAAACUUAUCCGACCUUACAUCUUGAAAUACGAGGUCCAGAUUGAUCAGUUUGUGGACGAAGCCGGGCAGUUUGUAGACAAAGGUAGGUUUAUUUAUCUUUAUACAAUAUCUUUGCAAUCUUGUACUUUAGCAAAGAGUGAAGCUGCUGCUGCGGCGGCUCGACAUAUUGUCUCCGAGACCCACGAAUAG